AUGUCGAAGGUUUCGCGCGAGUCUCUCAACGAGGCUAUUGCUGAGGUCCUCAAGGGAUCGGCUGAGAAGCCACGCAAGUUCCGUGAGACGAUCGAGCUCCAGAUCGGUCUUAAGAACUACGACCCACAGAAGGACAAGCGUUUCAGCGGAUCCAUCAGGUAGCUACGACCUGUGAAUACAGGGAGUCAGAGCUUUUAUAGCCUGACGGACCCCAACCCAGGGUCUUAAAUCCUAAGGGGAGGCUUUCUCGCCGAAAUAGUAAAGAUGAUAUCAUAUCUGGUAUGAUCCUUUUGCUCGUCGAUUUUUGAAAUAGAUUUAUAUUCCUCCAAUUUUAGACUGAAGCACAUCCCGCGCCCAAACAUGAAGGUUUGCGUGUUCGGAGACCAGCACCAUCUUGAUGAGGCUGCUGCCAACAGCAUCCCAUCGAUGAGCGCCGAUGACUUGAAGAAGCUCAACAAGAACAAGAAGCUUAUCAAGAAGCUCGCCAAGGGAUACGACGCUUUCCUUGCUUCCGAGUCUCUGAUCAAGCAGAUCCCACGUAUCCUCGGUCCAGGACUCAACAAGGCCGGAAAAUUCCCGUCCGUCGUCUCUCACGGAGAAUCCCUCCAGAGCAAGUCUGACGAGCUCCGCGCCACCGUCAAGUUCCAGAUGAAGAAGGUAAACAUUUCGUGAAUCGUUUCAGUUUUUCAAUCAUCAUUUUUCAGGUUCUCUGCCUCUCCGUCGCUGUCGGACACAUCGGACUCACCCAGGAGGAGCUUGUUUCCAACAUCUCCCUCUCGAUCAACUUCCUCGUCUCGCUCUUGAAGAAGAACUGGCAGAACGUUAGAUCGUUGAACAUCAAGUCCACCAUGGGCAAGCCACAAAGAAUCUAUUAAUUACUUUGUUGUUAUCCAAUAAACAUUGUUGAACCCAAACGCAUAUGUUCACUCAUUCAUAUAUCUUGUCUAACAAUCGUCUGACUUGAGUAGAUUGGAAGUUUGUCGUUCGCAUGUUAGCACGCCGGGCACUCGUUUCAGAUGUCGAAAAAUCAGGCUAAAUUGACGGCCGCGCAAAUCGAGGAGGACAAUGAGAGAGGAUACACUAAGUCGCCUCAUCACAUGACCGAGAUCACGGGACCGGCGAAACAAUUCGUGGUCCUCGUCGGCGAUACUGGCAAAGCGGUAUUUUGCUGGACUCUAUCAACUGAUCACCCUUAGUCCCUUUUCAGAUACGGAGGCAGAUGAAUGAUGUGUCAUUGGGUUACAAAGAUCUGAAAGAUACAUAUUACAUUGACAAUUUGUAUGAAAAUGCUUUUGUUUGUGGGGAGACUGAUUCUAUUUCAGCUAUUAUUCCUGCAAGUACGCCGUCAAAACGUUCGCGACGAUUUUCGAUCUGGAAAAGGACUACGACAAAGAGAAAACGCUGAUUCCGUGUCUUUUGAUCGCCUACAACACGUUGGCCGAUCUGCGAGCUUCGGAGCGAGUGGCCACCAAGAUAAAGGCCGAUGUUAAGGUUCUUUCCUGCUGAAGUCAGACGGGAUGGUCAAUUUUCAGAUCGUGGUGGUCGAUUCGUUGGAGUUGUGUAUGGAAGCUGCCGAAGUGGAGCACUACGCCGUUCACCACGGAUGGGAAACGGUCUAUCUGAAGCCGAACAGAGUAAACUCAGAAAAAAACUGUUUCUAUUUCGAUUCUAUUAAAUUUAUCUCAGGAGCAGCUCGAGGAGUCGCGCGAAAUUCACGAAAAAGUGGGAAUCGAUCGUAUCAUGGAGGCGCUUUCGGUGGCCGAUUGGCCGUGGCGGGUGGCGAACAUUCCGGAAAAGGCACGUGAUUACGCCGAUCGUGUGGCUAACCUUGAUCUCAGCUGAUAUUCCAGAAUGACGCUCCGAUCAAUGUGAAUCAUGAAGAACUGCGGAUGAGCAGCGAAAUGAUCAUGGAUCGAAGAUCAGCCAGUAAGGAACACAAUGAUGAUGACGAUUUUAAUGAUUUCUAACCACGUUUUUGGGUGUAAUGAUCUCGAUCUUUUGCAUUCCGAGUAUAUUGCAUGUUUCGUAAUAAAAGUGAAUAAGACAUCCGCGGAAGUAAAAUUUCGUUCCGCAUCAUGCGAAAUAGAAAAAAUUGGUCAAAAUUGAGCAAUGUUUGCAAUUUUUGUGAACAUUUUCUGUGUUUUCCUGAUAUACAGUUAAAUUUAUCAUCAAAAAAGGGAUAUCGAGUAAACGAAAUGUUGCGAGACUCAUCUUGCACGCCAAAAAAUACAAAAUUUUUCUUUUGAACCCAUAAAAAUUAUUCCGCAAACGAAAAUUUUAACUUCCGCGGAUACUAGCCAAAAAGUUGAGAUAUUGCGUAGAAAACGGAUAAUGUUAUUUUACAGAUCGUCUGUUGGGCGAAUGGACCAAAUAUUUCAGUAAUUUCACGACGGAGCAAGCCACAAAAGCGGCUCUUGAGAAGGCGAAAGCGGAGGAGGAAUUCGACGAUUUUCCGGCUCCGCAACACGCCGAACGCGUCCAUUUGUCUCCGGAUUCACCGACGACGACCGAGGGAACCAUCGAGGGGAAUCUGGAUCUUGAGAUGCCGGACGACGUCUCCAUUUCCGUCGACAUCGAUCUCGUUUGUGCGAAGAAGAACCAGGAUCAGAAUGAGGAGGAACCGCCGCCGCCAGUGGAAGAGAAGAAGCCCGUCCCUCAGAAGCAGACAGGUCCGAAAAGGAAGAAGGGCAAGGGCCGGAAUCACUAA